AUGUCCAUUGGCUCCAUUCAUCACCUAAACCUGGUUCGCCUCAUAGGUUUCUGCACAGAGGGAAAAGACCGGCGACUGUUAGUGUACGAGUACAUGGAGAAUGGAUCUCUGGACAAACACCUUUUCGACAGAAGAUCUAUUCUUCCAUGGCAUGCACGCUUCAAAAUUGCUCUUGGGGUCGCCAAAGGCCUGGCAUACUGUCACGACCACUGCAGAGCCCGAAUUGUGCACUGUAAUUUGAAGCCCCACAAUAUUCUUCUCGAUUCCCAGAUGGAACCCAAAAUAUCAGACUUUGGUCUGGCGAAGGUCAUGGGUAGAGAUCAGAGCGGCACUCUUACCAUUUUCAGAGGUACCAGAGGAUAUUGUGCUCCAGAAUGGCUGCGAGACGUGCCCAUUACUGUGAAAGCAGAUGUGUAUAGUUAUGGUCAGAUGUUGUUUGAGCUCAUUAGCGGGAGAAGGAACUUGAUAACGGAACUCAGCCCUGAAAGACAGUACUAUCCUUGCUGGUCUUUCAAUCAAAUAAAGGAAGGCAACGCAUUGGGUAUAGCAGAUGAAAACCUGGGCAGUUCUGUUGAUGUUAAUUAA